GUCCAGGCCGGAGCGAUGGGCGAGUGGACCAUCUUGGAACGGCUGCUGGAGGCGGCGGUGCAGCAGCACUCGACCAUGAUCGGCAGGAUCCUCCUGACAGUGGUCGUGAUCUUCCGCAUUCUGAUUGUGGCCAUCGUGGGGGAGACGGUCUACGAGGACGAGCAGACGAUGUUCAUGUGCAACACGCUGCAGCCCGGCUGCAACCAGGCCUGCUACGACAAGGCUUUCCCCAUCUCGCACAUCCGCUACUGGGUCUUCCAGAUCAUCCUGGUGUGCACCCCCAGCCUCUGCUUCAUCACCUACUCCGUGCACCAGUCAGCCAAACAGCGGGACCGGCGGUACUCGUUCCUUUACCCGCUGCUGGAGAAGGACUGCAUCCGCGACGGGAGGAAGGUGAAGAACGUGAACGGCAUCUUGGUCCAGAACCCGGACGGCUCGUCCAAGGAGGAACCUGACUGCCUCGAAGUGAAGGAGAUCCCCAGUACCCCUGUGCGGCCCCCAAAGAGCUCCAAGGUCAAGCGCCAAGAGGGCAUCUCCCGGUUCUACAUCAUCCAGGUGGUUUUCCGCAAUGCCUUGGAGAUCGGUUUUCUGGCAGGCCAGUACUUCCUCUACGGUUUCAACGUGCCAGCUAUCUUCGAGUGCGACCGCUACCCUUGCGUCAAAGAAGUGGAGUGCUACGUGUCCCGCCCCACCGAGAAGACGGUUUUCUUGGUCUUCAUGUUCGCCGUGAGCGGCAUCUGCGUCCUCCUCAACCUGGCCGAACUCAACCAUCUGGGCUGGCGCAAGAUCAAGACGGCCAUCCGGGGUGUGCAGGCCAGGCGGAAAUCCAUCUGCGAGGUGCGCAAGAAGGACCUCUCCUCGCUGGCCCAAGUGCCUACGCUCGGACGGACGCAGUCAAGCGAGUCUGCCUACGUUUGAGCAGGUCCGAUUCCGCAGGAAAAGGGGGCUCAGCGGGUCGGACAUCGCCAACGCAAAAAACGAUCUAACCGAACUGACCACAAUACCUCCCAGGUUAACGAUGCAAUAUUCGGCGGGUGCUUUCCAAAACCCUCCCUCUUUGUAAGAGGAAAGGGUGUCACAUUCGCUUUAAGGGCUGAUUGGGGAAAUCCAGCCCCUCGGGAGCCAG